GAAGGAGAACAAGGGGAAAGGAAGGAAGAGAAAACAAAACAACAACAACAACAAAAAUAAAAGGAAAAACUGGAAACCAAGCCUUUGUAAAUAAGUAGGACAAGAGAGGAUGUGAGGAUGGGGAGAUUGGUGAAAAUAAGAAUCAGCGUAUGUGCAGGCAGAAACUCUGUGUGAUGAAUGUGACCAUUAUGCACAUCUAAAAUGUACCAAUGAAAUUAAUUGCAAGAGAAGAACAAAGCAAAGAAGACAUUAGCAUAUCUACCCUUCUAAAAAUUAAGUUGAGGCCUUGGGUGUAACUUGGUUAGAGAUCGCUUUUGUAGUACUGUGUAUUUUAAAAAUCUGGUUUAAAAUACAGUAGUACAAAAAAAGAAAUAAAAGAAAAUGAAAUAUAGUUAAGUAGGUGUUAAAUUGUGCUACAUUCAGAAUCAAGAAAAGAUACCUGUAUUUCCCAUUGAAUUAUUCUCAAUAGCCAAGGUGGAAAGCAGCCUAAAUCCACUUUGGUGGUUCUGUGAGUUUAUUUUCACUUACUAUGAAAAAUCACUUGUGGCUCUCGUGCGGGUCACGUGAGGGCCCUGGCGGCGUCUUCAGCGGCUCCUAGUGCAGGAUGGUGCUGGAGGCGGCGCGUUCCUGGCGGCGGCGGGAGGAGGAGCAGUGGCGGCAGCGUGCCCGCGGGCGGUAUCAAAUGUCGGAUUUCGAAGAGUUGAGGAAUAUGGUUUCUAGUUUUAGAGUUUCUGAACUACAAGUAUUGCUAGGCUUUGCUGGACGGAAUAAAAGUGGACGCAAGCAUGACCUCCUGAUGAGGGCCCUGCAUUUAUUGAAGAGCGGCUGCAGCCCUGUGGUUCAGAUUAAAAUCCGAGAAUUAUGUAGACGCCGAUAUCCACGGACUCUUGAAGGGCUCUCUUCUGAUUUAUCUAGAAUCACAUCAUCAGUUUUCAGUUUGGAUGGUAGCUCAUCAGCUGUAGAACCAGAUGCGGCUGUGGCUGGAAUCCACCCGUUGCCUUCCACUUCAGUAACAUCUCUCUCACCGUCCUCUCCUGUUGGUUCUGUGCUACUUCAAGAUACUAAGCCCACUUUUGAGAUGCAGCAACCAUCUCCUCCAGUUCCUCCUGUCCAUCCUGAUGUGCAGUUAAAAAACCUGCCUUUUUAUGAUGUCGUUGAUGUUCUCAUCAAGCCCACAAGUUUAGUUCAAAGCAGUAUUCAACGAUUUCAAGAGAAAUUCUUUAUUUUUGCUCUGACACCUCAGUAGGUUAGAGAAAUAUGCAUAUCGAGGGACUUUUUGCCAGGGGGUCGGAGAGAUUAUACAGUUCAAGUUCAGCUGAGACUUUGCCUGGCAGAGACAAGUUGUCCUCAAGAACAUAACUAUCCCAAUAGUCUGUGUGUAACAGUAAAUAGGAAGCUGUUUCCUUUGCCUGGCUAUGCACCACCACCUAAAAAUGGGAUUGAGCAGAAGCGCCCUGGACACCCCUUAAAUAUUACAUCUUUAGUUAGAUUGUCUUCAGCUAUGCCAAACCAGAUUUCUAUUUCUUGGGCGUCUGAAAUUGAAAAGAAUCAUUCCAUGUCUGUAUAUCUUGUAUGACAACUGACAUCAGCCAUGUUAUUACAGAGAUUAAAAAUGAAAGGUAUUAGAAAUCCUGAUCAUUCCAGAGCACUAAUUAAAGAAAAACUUACUGCAGAUCCUGAUACUGAAAUUGCUACAACUAGUCUUCGAGUGUCCUUGACGUGCCCUCUAGGGAAAAUGAGACUAACAGUCCCGUGCCGUGCAGUGACGUGUACACAUCUGCAGUGUUUGGAUGCUGCCCUUCAUCUACAAAUGAAUGAGAAGAAGCCCACCUGGAUUUGUCCUGUGUGUGACAAAAAAGCUGCCUGCAAAAGUCUAAUAUUAGAUGGGCUUUUUAUGGAAAUUCUCAAUGACUGUUCUGAUGUGGAUGAGAUCAAAUUCCAAGAAGAUGGUUCUUGGUGUCCAAUGAGGCCGAAGAAAGAAGCUAUGAAAGUAUCCAGCCAACCAUGUGCAAAAAUAGAAAGUUCCAGUGUCCUCAGUAAACCUUGUUCAGUUACUGUAGCCAGUGAGACAAGUAAGAAGAAAGUGGAUGUUAUCGACCUAACAAUAGAAAGCUCUUCUGAUGAAGAGGAAGACCCUCCUGCCAAAAGGAAAUGCAUCUUUAUGUCAGAAACACAAAGCAGCCCAACCAAGGACUACUCUGUGCCAUUCCACCACACGCCAGUAUCAAGCAUGUCAUCAGAUUUGCCAGGAGAACAAAGAAGAAAUGCUAUAAAUAAUGAACUGCAGCUUGGAACAUCUUCUGAUACUGUGCAACAGUGAAUACAAAAUAAAACAUAUAAUUUGUAUUUAUGGAGUGGAAAACAGCUUGAUUAUUUCAAGAAAAAAAUAUGACUGCCUUAUUAUUGCUAGUGCCAUAUUGUCAGGUGCGAAUGGUGCUAAAAAGUUGUGUCGUUAAAAUUUGAAAGUGCUAAAACAAUUACAUAUUUAAUCAUGUAGCCAUUAUGUUUUGUGAAAGUCUAUGGAUCAAGUAAGGAAAAACAUGUUGUGAUCAAUGAGGAAAAAAUCUAAAUGAGUCAGUUUCACUUAAUGAAGUAUUUAAAAUUCAAAAAUUAUAAUUUUAUCACUGUUAAUAAAUCAAGCAUUUAGACUGUACCUUGAGAAUUUUUAACACUAGUGGCUUUUUAGUUGAAAAUAAUUGGGUAUUUUUCAACUAUGAAAUUCUUAGGUUAAAAAGUAUAUCAGUAUGUAUGACAGUUGAAACUUACAGUAAAAUUAGGAACUAGCAUUUUGUGACACUUUUAAAAAUUAAUAAAUUUUAAUCACUAUUGCUAUCACUUUAUUUCAUGACUUUUAAUCUACUUAAAAUAUAAAAUGUAAGAUUUUGAUGAUACAAUUUUUUUAUUAGAAGAAAUAACAUCUGAAAUACUAUAUCAGACUGCACUGUUUGGGGCAAAGUGGCUUCUUUGAGAAAUACAUUAAAACCUCAUUGGACUUUGAAUUGACCACCUGUGUAAUGUUUGAAUGACAAUCUAGUUUCAACCAAAAUUUUAGAAAAAUGUGUAUUAUGUCAUUGUGUAAGUCACCAUAUUUUAGUUAUCCCUGGGUAUUAUGAAAAGAUACAGAUGAAGUAAAUCUCUUAAAUCUUUUUCUAAAUAGACUAUUUGUUGGCACAUGUAAAACCAUCAAAGAGAAUUGCAACGUGUCUGAAGAGCUGGAUAUUUUAAAUAAGUAAAGUCUUUGGACUUCAGUGCAUAUCCUUAAGUGAUAGAGCUUCAAAAACAGUUUGAAUAUUAUAUUAAUCCUGUGUUUAUUUAAAUUGAAAUUAAUGAAUGGAAGUAGUUGAACAUCUAGAAAAUGAGUGUUUUCAAGUGACUUGUACACACUAUUCCAUCAGAGAUGUCAAUACUUUAGCUGUAUAAAAACUUUCAGUUAUUAAAAUUGAUUGAAAAAUAUUAAAUGUAAUGGAAAUAUGAAACUAAAAAUGUAUUUAAAAGUAGAAGCUACUAUAAAAAUGAAGAUAAUGUUACACCAUUUGAAGCAAAGCAAAAUCUUUUUGACUUAAAAAUACUGGCUAUCUAAAAUUUUCAGAAAGUAUGUGAGGGCUAUAUAGAUUUUGAAUUACUGUUCAGGAGAAGCAGGGAUAAGAUUUAGUGAACAUUAUCCUUAAUGUGAAGCAAAGUACACUGCUUGAGAGACAUCACUUGCCCACUACCAGCUUUUUGAGGAUGCUCUUGAAAAAGCUCAUUGUGGUUCCCUUUGUCCAUUGGUGGCUCCAAAUACUGUAUCAUAUAGCUAGUAGUAGGUAUAUGAAGUAAACAUGUAUAGCAACAAUUUUUUAAGAUGCUUUAGAAAUUGUUUUCAUACGAUUGGUGCUAAAGUUUGUAUCACUUGAUAAUCAUUUAAAUGUCCUUAUUUAGAGAUUAUAAGGGAAUAAAUAUAAUUUGAAUUUUGGAUGUUAAAAAAAAAAAAAAAAGAAAAAUCACUUCUAUAACUUCAGAGGAAAAAAGGAUUUACUUUGGGUCAGUUUCCUAAGUUCCAGUUUUUUGGUCAACUUAUUUAUUUCUUGUAGUCCUGGGACAAAGCGCAAAAAGGAACAGAGGAGUACAUGGUGAAGCAAAACUUUUCAACCUCAUUUCAUCCCAGGGGGGAGAGUGUGACAGAGAGAGAGACAGGGUGUAAGGAGGACAGCAGUGCACCAUUCUGGAACAGAAUCCCAGUGUCCUUCCUCCAGUACAUCGAUAAACUAAUCUGAGAAGAUGAGACUCUGCACUGUGCACUUAGCCUCAAAACUACCAAGCAGCUUGCAGUGAGACCGUUAGAGCAUGACAUUUAGAGGUCAUUUUACUAAAUGUUGAAAUGCAUAGAAAUGGUGGGUUUUAUUCAUAGUACAGGAUAUUAGUCUCAACAAGAAGGGUUUCCUGCAGUUUAUGACAACAUGAAUUAACUUGGAAAUCAUUAAAUAAAACAUUCCAAACAUGGAAAACUACACAAUCAUCACCUUGUACUUAGUGCCUAGAAUCCUCAACCUAACAGGAGAGAGUUUAAUGAUAAUUGCAAUGUGUGAGUAUUUAAAAAUGAGAUGUUAGUGAAAAGGUACAGUGUUUCGCUGGUGUAGUGCAGCCUCUAAUGAACGUGGGAUGUGUGAACAAAUGAACAAACAAGGCAGAGCCCACUUGACAGGCUUUUGUGAUCACAGCUGGGCAUGUGGUUUAAUGCCUGGGUGCAGGCAGACAGAAAGCAAAAAGACUUUGUGUAGGGAACAAAGAGAAGUGCACCCCUUUUAUAGGGAUGGAAAGAAAGCAGGGGAUGUUAGGGGGAAGAUUUUAAUAAACAUCCAAGGUCAGAGUUCUCUGGUUGUCUUUCACCUCAGUUGGCAAGGUCCUUGAAGAUCCGAUGUAAAUUUUGAGGUGUCUCCAGAUGUCCUCAUGACCCACAAAAUUUCUUGACCUAUCUUGUCAUCUUUACAACAUCCUGUGCUUGCCAAUGACAGCUUUGGUGCUGAGCUGAGUUCCCUGCUGAGAAUAGUGCCUCUGCUGGCAGGCAGGUUGCAGGCUGGGAGAGUCAGGUCUGAUUGGAACCUUACAUCACCAGCUUCUGGAGAUCUCAGGACACAGGGGAUGAUACAGUAUUUCAUAUAAUUCUGAAAUUGUGCAGGGUAUUUUGUACCAUAUUUACCACAUACACUAACUAGACAGGAUUUGGGAAGCAUUUUGCAAUACACACGUUUGGACAUUAUCAGGGACCUGACCAAGAUCCCCAGCUGCCUAUUUGAGGGAUAUGGCAAGGGAUAAAGAAAAAACAGAAACAAAUUUAGUAAUUCAUAUAAAGAGGAGCUAGGAUAUCAGUGCCUCAGGACAGGCAAAGUCAAAGAUCGUCCAGCUCACCACUAUUUUAUUAGCCAGUGCCAGGGGAGGGUUAGGGUGCUUUUCCUGGAAUAGCUUUGAAAUAGUGGUGGGAUGAAGCAAGAUCCAUCCCUCAUGCCUGGGUCCUAGCCCUCCCUGUAUUGUCCUCAGCAGACCUCAUUCUGUCCUGUGAGCCCCACAGCCUCAGUGAUCAUCAGGAUGUCAGCAGUGACCUGGAGAAAGCAGGGUUUUUUAUAUUCCAAAACCUGCCCACAAGGCAGGGCAAGGAGGGCCUGAGACAGAUUCUUCGUCAGUUUGUAGUUGUGGUCCCCAGCAGGACAUACUGUGUCCGUUUUUGUUAGUACACAUUUACAUUGCAGGAAGUUUACAGUCAUCGUGGGGUACAUGUACAUACACAGCUCGAUUCCUUUCUAACCCCUUUCCUCCCACCUCCCUCCACCCUCUAAAUCCCCU